UCUUGGCACGAGUGCGCCGCCGCUGCUGCGGCCGUGGGAGUCGGUCGUCUGGUACCAGAAAACUACGUUUAAAGCUUUCGACUGGAAAUGAUGGCGCUCAUUGCAACAGUUCAGUGAAUAUGAUUAGUUAACUCAGUCUCCCAGAGAAAAAGCUCCACAUCUGUACUGGAUAUGUUUGUGUUCAAAGACUGAGCAACACAUCACCUCGGAGUUUUACAAUGCAGUGAACCUGAUGGCUCAGUGCCGUGUCCCACUACUUCUUCUGCUACUCAUCAAGACCGUGCAGACAUCAGCUGAAGCUCCAGACGGACGCAUCAAGUGCAUGUGUGAAGGCAGCUCAUGUGGCCCAGGGCAAUUGUGUGAUGGAGAAAGGUGCUUCUCCUCUGUGACUGUCAACAGAGACACACGCAUCUUCACUCGCGGCUGUCUGACAGGGCUGGAGAAGAGCCGCAGGACAUGCUCCACCUCACCUUCUGACAGCUACGUGAUAGAGUGCUGCUCACAUCACAUGUGCAACUCCAAUGCCACCGCUGACACACUGCAGCCCCUGCUGCUCACAGCUUCAAAUGGACGCAUCAAGUGCAUGUGUGAAGGCAGCUUAUGUGGCCCAGGAAAGUUAUGUGAAGGAGAAAGGUGCUUCUCCUCUGUGACUGUCAGCAGAGACACAGACAUCUUGAGUCGCGGCUGUCUGACGGGGCUAGAGAAGAGCCGCAGGAUCUGCUCCACCCUGCCUUCUGACAGCUAUGCUAUAGAGUGCUGCUCGCACCAUUUGUGCAACUCCAACAUCACCGCUGACACACUGCAGCCCUUGCUGCUAACUGCUGCAGAUGGGCACAUUAAGUGCAUAUGUGAGGGCAGCUCGUGCGGUCUGGGGCAGCUGUGUGAUGGCGAAAGGUGCUUCUCCUCAGUGACAGUUAAUGGAGAUGCACGCGUGUUCACUCGCGGCUGCCUCAAAGGGCUGGAGAAGAGCCGAAUGACCUGCUCCACCCCGCCUUCCGUCAACUAUGCUAUAGAGUGCUGCUCGCAUCAUAUGUGCAACUCCAACGCUACAGCUGACACACUGCAGCCCCUGCUGCUCACUGUUCCAGAAAGAGAGCCUGUCAGGCACAAGGCGGAGGCUCUUGUUGUCUUUGUGAUUGGCCCAUUUGUGGUACUGGCUCUCUUCUCCCUGCUGGCUGUUCUGGUUUGUCGAAGGCUUCAUCAAGGCCGGCUGGAGAGGCUUCAUGAACUGGAUGCUGAGCAGGGGACCAUUGAUGGCCUCAUCGCCUCCAAUGUGGGUGACAACACACUGGCGGAGCUGUUGGACCACUCCUGCACCUCAGGUAGUGGCUCUGGCCUACCCUUCCUUGUCCAAAGAACUGUGGCACGGCAGAUCAGCCUGGUGGAGUGUGUUGGGAAGGGACGUUAUGGCGAGGUGUGGAGAGGCCAAUGGCAGGGUGAAAAUGUGGCAGUGAAGAUCUUCUCUUCGAGGGACGAGAAGUCCUGGUUUCGUGAGACUGAGAUUUACAACACUGUGCUUCUGCGGCAUGAAAAUAUACUGGGAUUUAUUGCAUCUGACAUGACAUCACGUAACUCCAGUACUCAGUUGUGGCUUAUCACACACUACCAUGAGAAUGGCUCUCUCUAUGAUUAUUUGCAACGGGUUGCUGUUGAGACAGUAGAUGGUCUCCACAUGGCAGCAUCUGUGGCCAGCGGGCUCGUGCAUUUGCACACAGAGAUCUUUGGUACGGAGGGAAAGCCUGCUAUUGCCCACCGUGAUCUAAAAAGCAAGAAUAUCCUGGUGAAAAAGGACCUGCGAUGCUGCAUUGCCGACCUGGGGCUAGCAGUCACACAUUCUCAGUCAGAUAAUCAGCUGGAUGUGGGCAAUAACCCCAAGGUGGGCACCAAGAGAUACAUGGCCCCCGAAGUAUUGGAUGAGUCCAUCCAGACAGACUGCUUUGACGCAUACAAGCGUGUUGACAUCUGGGCCUUCGGACUGGUGCUCUGGGAGAUUGCUCGUCGGACCUUCAGUAAUGGGAUCGUUGAGGAGUACAAGCCACCAUUUUACGACCUUGUGCCCAAUGACCCUAGCUUCGAUGAUAUGCGCAAAGUCGUUUGCAUGGAACAGCAAAGGCCUUUCAUUCCCAACAGAUGGUUCUCUGAUCCAACUUUAUCAGCCCUGGUGAAGCUCAUGAGGGAAUGCUGGUAUCAGAACCCGUCCGCCAGGCUCACAGCACUACGCAUCAAAAAGACUCUAGACAAAAUCUACAGCUCCCUGGAGAAGGGCAAAGCAGACUGUUGAAGGGGUGCAGCGGCACAUGGGUUUCGGGUGGGGAGUGAUGCUUGUACUGCUCACACAAACUGGCACAUGUCCACUAACACCAAGCGCUUCUGAAGCAGUAAAAAUUAAAAUCCGAAAAAGGGCAGUAUUUUCUUUCUUCUUUUAAUCAUAGUUAGAUAUUUGGGGGGCAGUGUUUUAGUUCUGUUUUGUAUGUAACCUUCGGCUUGUUCCUAACCACACAAUGCAUGCAAGUCAGCUGCGAGAAUCUCUCUAGGCUGAGAGCGCAGUUAGUGAUUUGUACAGAGGCAUCCUGUAGUGUUUUGGGGCUUAAAUUGCCUUGCAGUUGCCUGCUGUGCUAUAUGCUCAAGGAAAAAUGCAGCUCCAGGCUGUUGUGGGUUUCUGUCCUGAAAUAUCACUGUAUGUGCCACGCUUCUCUCUGUUUAAUAUCCUGCUUCAGGCUCAAGAUUAAGGGCGGCACAAAAAAGCAGCAUUUUUCCUAGUCAAAAGAUCAGGACAUCUACUGAGAAGUUUAACAGUGGCCUGGGUGCCUUAGACUAGUUUUAUACAUUUCCACGCCUGCCCCCCCCCGGACAGAAAUUAACAAAGAAGCAACAUUACAUGACUUUCUUCCCUCAUGAUCUGCCUACACAGCAUUAUUUGGACCAGGAAUAGCACCUCCAAAUACUUUAUAGCUACCUGCAAAAGUGCCACAGGUCUUGGUUAUGUCUUCUCUCAAUAUAAAUGCGUAUGGUAUAUAAUCUUGUAGUCCCUCACGGUGUCUCUGAAAGCAUACUCAAACAGCAGCAUGUGGCAUUCUUUUUCAGAUUGUGUAACACUGACUAUUGUUGGACUGUCUAAGGAUUGGAGAAUGAUACUUAGACUAAGAGCUGCUUGCCAAUGUGAGACACUGAUCAUCACUGCAUCCUGCCUCCAAGGGACAUACUGCCAGAAAUGCCUCAGUCUUCUUGUUUUAUUCAGUGAUUUUUGGGCUAGAAAGUUUUAUUUUUUUAUUGCCACAUAUUAGGACUAUCCCCAUCUUCACAUGCAUCUGUGACUUUCUUCACGUGUGUUUUCUCUGAUACCUCUUUUCAUAGCCACAUGCAGAGUUCACAGCUUCCAUAAUCUUCCCUGGGGCCAAAUGAGGUGUUUUGCAAACUGAAUGUGUGUCCUAACAUACAGUACCUUUCUCCAAAAAGUAACUAACCAUGUUCUUUAUUUUACUAUUGGAAUUUGCUUGUAUUUUUCGUUAAAGUAACCUAAUCUUACAGGGUCAGCUGGUAUGGUUUUCCCAUUCCAGUAAAAUGUGAAGUUUGUUUUCAAAUUUUGUAAAUUAAGCCAUCAACCAUUCAGGAACAGAGCUAAGACAGAAGUAAGAUAGAAAAUACCUUUCCUACAAUUGAAAUGAGGGUGCCAAGGUGCUGCAGGUAGUGCUAGUGCCUCACAGCUCCUGGGUUGUGGGUUCAGAUGUGAAUUCAAAUUCACAAGAGUCUGUGCAGAAUUUUCAUGUUUUCCCUGUGUUCACAUGAAUUUUCUCCAGGUGUUCCAGUUUCCUC